AUGGAUAUUAAUUACAGAGCAAACAUCGCAAAGUGGCUACCGCUUUCUGAUGGUGCCCUCGACAAAUGGCUCAUAGAUGCUUCUCUUUUGGACGAAAAAAUGGGAAAACUUGCAGGAUGUAUAGCUUUAAUCAUCGAGGAUUCUGCGGAGGCUCGCACUUGCGAUCAAGAGAUAUUUGAGGAAGUGAUAGAUAAUCUAGAGGAAUUAAUAGAAAGUUACAAAUCAACGUGCAAUCCGGAGGAAUUAAGUAGUCAUCCGAUAUACAAAUAUAAAAUAAAUCACCUGUCAAUAGUAUUAAAGCGCAAAUUAAAUGUAAUCGCAAAGUUCACCCAAAAUUUGAUUAAUGACAUUGUUGAUUGCAAAAAUGAUGAGAACAUAAGAAUAGUGUUUAGAUUAAUAAAUGGUUACAAUAAAAUUCUCGAUAUGAAUCGAGACGUGUCAGAUUCGUCUGUCAAUGUCUUUUACAACGAUUGCCCAUCUAUGUUGGAGCCUUUGAAGAAGCUCUCCGUUACCAAAACAUUGCAAAUUUUAGCAAAGAACAGAGCAGAGGAAUCUUGUCACGAACUUAUUGAUUGUCUUCUGGCAAAUUAUGAACCCCAUGAAAAAAUCGAGCCUGUAUCUGCAACGAACGAUGUAGAUGUUUCAGAAAGUUCUAGUAUUGAAAUCUAUCGCGCUCUUACAAGGCAUUUAACGCCACCAAUCACAAGUGCGACUUCGACGUCUGAAGUGGAGACAUCCAAUAUUGAAAGUGUACAGGCACUCGUAAACACGCAAAACGAGCAGAUCCUUAGACUCUUAAAUGUUGUACAAGAAAUAUCACCCCAAUUGCUUGGCACGGAUGCCUUGAAGACUAGCAAAGGCGAGACAAAAUUGAGAGGCAGCGCGAUAAAGAAAGUAAAGAACUAUUAUCAAGAGGUGGCAUGGGGUGCAUUGUCUAGUAUUUUAGAUCAUGUGAUACUGUGGUGGUCACGAGAAGCCCUUGCGACUCAUCACAGCCACGGCGCUCAGCAUCUCAAGGAUUGGUUGCGACAAUUUAUUCAAGGGAAUGAGAUCCCGCCUACGGUUAGAUCAGCGCUGCAAAAUUUAUGCGAUGCGCUCGGAUAUCAUACGACCAUCACUGCUUGGGACCAAACGUUUAGAUUAGCCUACACCUCGGCCUUUGAGUGCCGUUCGAAGCCGUCAGCAACAGAGGGAACCGACACUGGUCAAAUGUUUGUCGAGCUGUUCCAGCUGCUGGUGACCCUCAGCAACGAAUGCGAGGUAGGCGGCGAAUGGGUGAUAGGAGCACCAUUGGUAGAACUGCCAUUGUCGGAGCAAAUUGUCGUGUUGCACAGAAUGGAUCACUCGGUGCACACGGCGAGAUUGUGGGCCAUUCAGGAGACCAAGAUUAUAGCCCACACUUGGGAUCUGGACGUACUUUUUCUCCUAGUCAAGGGUGACGUAGUAAACUGCCUUGAAGAGCUGUCUUAUCUCAAGCUCGCUGAUCACACAACCGCAUUGUCCAUGAAUUCUAUUAGUGUCCAAGUAUAUGUGUGCACGAAGAUGAGAGCGAAGAUCGUUUCUGAAGUCAAGGCAAACAUUGAAUUACUUCAGAUUUGCUCUGCUAAGUGCAUCGAUACGCUUGCCAAGAUAUGUCGCGUGAUCAGCCUCGCGAAUUUGCAUAUGUGUUUUCCACAACCGAAUUAUUGGAGAAGAAACAGCAGCACAUCUCCGGUGGCGGCUAGUCUUUAUGUGGAAACUUAUUUUGAAAAAGUAUUGCUGCCAGUGUUGGAAGUGAUAGAGGACCAUGAAACAUCCAACAUGAUUCUACGAAUAAUGUGCGAGGCAUGGCUUGAUUAUAUUUAUCUACACCGCAUCAAGUUCAGCGAAUACGGUGCGCAACAAUUGUUGACGGAUUUCGCGUAUGUAUCGACGUGGGUCACUGAGUGUUCGAUUAUUUCACAAAACGUCAGGAAUCAUUUAUUGAAGAACGAGGUCCUACGUCGUUGCGAAGGCGUUGGUCGGCUUUUAUUGAGGCACCCGGGUGAAGCUAUCGCUAUGCGUAAACGAUUGGCUCGAAGAACGAACGAGCGUGGAUCUCCUGAAUCUCCAGGUCUCGAACGCAUGCCAGCUGAAAUGUACGUUCCAAAUCAAGAACAGUGGCUUGAAUUGCGCGCUCCUAAGCGAUACAAUUUUUGCUGUAUGGAAUAA